AUGCAGAAUGACGCCGGUGAGUUUGUAGACCUGUACGUGCCAUUGAAAUGCUUAUCAAGCAACCACAUCAUUGCUGCCAAGGACCAUGUGUCCUUCCAGAUAAAUGUGGCUGAGGUUGACAGAGGCACAGGACGGUUUAAUGGCCAGUUUAAAACCUACGGUAUCUGCGGGGCCAUUCUCAGGAUGGGUGAGUCAGAUGAUUCUAAUCUCCGAUUGACUAAGGUUGAUGGAAUUGUCUCAAAGAACGUUUGA